AUGCAACAGGAGAAAGUGAUGAUGAUGAGGGAUCCAGGUCCAAAGGAGCCGCUGGACGCCAUCUUGAGGCGUCUGCAGGAGGACGUGGUGACUUUUGUCAAAGAGCAGCUGCAGAGGAUCCAAAGGCUCCUGGCCUCAGAUUACCCAGAAUGCUCUGAGAGUGAGGAGGAGAGCAGAGAGGUUCUGAAGAUCGCCCUGGACUUCCUGAAGAGGAUGAAGCAGGAUGAGCUGGUCCAGCGCCUGCAGAGCAGAAGCACUGUUGGAGUUUGUAGAGAUGAACUGAAGAAGCAGCUGCAGCAGAAGUUCAGCCGUGUGUUUGAGGGCGUGGCUAAAGCAGGAGACUCCGCCCCCCUGACCCAGAUCUACACAGAGCUCUACAUCACAGAGGGCGGGGCCUCAGAGGUCAACCAGGAACAUGAGACCUUCUACAGCUCUGGACAGAACCUGCUGAAGACACCACAGUCCUCUGAGAAACUGCUGAAGACACCACAGUCCUCUGAGAACCUGCUGAAGACACCACAGUCCUCUGAGAACCUGCUGAAGACACCACAGUCCUCUGAGAACCUGCUGAAGACACCACAGUCCUCUGAGAACCUGUUGAAGACACCACAGUCCUCUGAGAACCUGCUGAAGACACCACAGUCCUCUGAGAACCUGCCUAAGACACCACAGUCCUCUGAGACCCUGCUGAAGACACCACAGUCCUCUGAGAAACUGCUGAAGACACCACAGUCCUCUGAGAACCCGCUGAAGACACCACAGUCCUCUGAGAACCUGCUAAAGACACCACAGUCCUCUGAGAACCUGCUGAAGACACCACAGUCCUCUGAGAACCUGCUGAAGACACCACAGUCCUCUGAGUCUGAGGGAACUUUCUACAUCUGUGCUGUGGACCAGGCCUUACAGAGUCCAAACGGACACCUGGACCUGUUCCUGCGCUUCCUCCUGGGGCUGUCUCUGCCGACCAAUCAGAGGCUGCUGUCAGGUCGAGUGUCUGUGUUCCUGGACUCUGAGGCUGGAUCUCUGUCCUUCUAUAAGGCGGUCUCUGAUGGAGAACUGUUCCACCUCCACACCUUCACCUCCUCCUUCUCUGAGCCUGUGUUUCCUGGGUUUAGACUGUGGUCUGAAGGUUCCUCGGUGUCUGUGGUGGAUCUGAGGAGAGCGCCCCCUGCUGGACAAUACAAUACUUCUUCUUAA